AUGAUAUCUAACCGGACCCUAGCCAUUGUCGGAUGCGGCAACAUGGGCUCGGCUAUUCUGAGCGGGUUGCUCGAUGCGACACGGUCACAAUCUGAUCCACCCGUCUCGAGUUUCAUCGUCGUCACUAAGACUGUCGAGUCCGCAGACCGUCUUAAACGCCGAUUUGAGCAAGACAAGUCGCGGCUGCUGGUCCGCCACGGUGCCAGUGUUUGGGCCAUGGAACAAGCCGACAUUGUAAUUCUAGGUUGCAAACCACAUAUGGCGGAGCUUGUUCUCGGCGAGGAGGGUGUCGGGGACGCUCUCAGUGGGAAGUUCCUGGUCAGUGUCCUCGGAGGCAAGACGCCCCAGGUACUCGAAAGCUACAUACACAAGAAUGAUGGCACAGGCCGAGGGCCCUAUGUUGUCCGUGCUAUGCCCAACGUUGCAGCACGGGUGCGCAAGUCAAUGACUAUUAUCGAGCAUAAUCCCAAUCUUCCCGACGAGUUGAACGACACCCUAGGCUGGAUAUUCGGGCAAAUCGGAGAGGUUAAAGUUUUGGCGACAGAUCUGUUUGACAUUGGCUCCAUGCUGGUUGGGUCCUCGAUGGCCAUUCUGUCCGUAGGAUUAGAUGGGAUCCUGGACGGCUGCGUGAUGGAGGGGAUACGGAGGCCCGAGGCAUUGGAAAUGGCAGCGCAGGGCCUAUUAGGCAUGGCUGAGUUGCUGCGUCGGGGCGAGCAGCCAGCAGCAUACCGGGAGGAAGUUUCCUCGCCCAGGGGGGCCACUAUUACAGGUAUAUUGACCGUCGAAAAAGCCGGCGUGAGGGGUACAUUUGCCCAGUCAAUGAUAGACGGAACACGGAAGUUACAAGGUUAA